CUCAAAGUCCUCCACUUUCACUAAGAGAAUGAUUGAGCUAUUUAGAGGAAAGUUUUAUAUGACAACAGUUAAUCAUUUUGAAAAAUUUAGAAAAUAUUGAUUUGAGUAGUUCAGAUAAUUGAAUCCUCCAAUCAAAGCAUAACUUUGUUUGGCUUAGAGAAGAUCUUUCUUUCUUUAUUUCUUUCCUUCUUUCUGAGAGACAGUGUGAGUGGGGCAGGGGCAGAGAAAGAGACACAGAAUCUGAAGCAGGCUCCAGGCUCUGGGCUGUCAGUACAGAGCCUGCUGCAGGGCUCAAACUCAUGAACCACGAAAUCAUGACCUGAGCCAUGCUGGACGCCCAACCAGCUGAGCCACCCAGGUGCCCUGAAGAAGACAUUUUGAAAUAAGGUUUUUGAUUUCAUCCUUCCCCAGUUGUGAUAAAAAACAUAAAUUCUUUCUCAAAAAUAAUGACUAUUUUCAAUGUAAAGACAAACUUCUAUCAGAAAAAUCCCUAACCCUCAACUUUAUUUUGCCUUUGAAUGCAAAUUCCAAAUAAAUUCUUGUAAGAUCUUCCUUUAACUUAAGCACAUGUUUAGAUUGUGAGUACUAUUAGUAUUAUAAUUGAUUUUAUACCUUUUGAAUAUAUCUGGAAAACACGAUUGGGGUGAAUCAGUACUUUUAGUUAUGAAAAGUUAAAAAAACAUGAACUAAAGAGAACUUGAAAUUUGCUUCAAUGAAGGUGAGAUAUUUUCAAAGAGGAGAAAAUCCAACUGCAAAUAAGUUUAGUUUAUUCCAUAUGCACAACAGGUAAGUUUUAGGAAAGGAAUGAUUAAACUCAAACUAAACAUAUUUGAACUUCAUUCUUUUGAAAAAAUAAUGAUAUUUUGUAUUGCAAUAACUACUGAAGUGUGAAUUUAUCUUGUAGAUGUACAAUAAAACUAAAUACAGAAAUCUUACUGUUUAAGAUUAGACCAAAAUCCUUUAAAGUUUAUUUUAUCCUACAAAGUUAUGUCUUUCCCUUUAUUUCUUAAAAUAUUGUUAGUUAAACAAUUAAAAGGAUGCUCAGUGAUAGGUAUUUCCUAGUUUGUUUCUUUUCAAAAAAAAUUAUUGAAAUAAACUAAAAAAAUAUGGGUUUCAGGCAAUAUCUAUUUCUUGAAAUCUUUAGAAUUAGUUCUCACUUAUCUGUUAAGACUUAGAUAUGCUUCUGUCCUUUUAAAUGAUACUUCUAAUUUCCUAACAGUCCAGUAGAGGAUAUGAUGACUUUUAAAUUCCUCCAAAGGAAAACAUGCUAGAGAAGAAAGAAAUCUGCUGCUUGGUUGCUUGGGUUUCAAGACUGGAGAAUAGUGGAAAUCUAACAUAGUUUCUCAAUGACCUACUAUAGAGAUAUUUGCACUUAUGCUCUUCAGGUAGAUGUUAAAAAAAUAAAUAAGCAAAGAGAUGGGCUACAAGAACAUGAUGACGAAAGAUGCUCUCUCUUUGCCACAUCUACUACAAGAAUAAAGACGAUUCUCAGCAAUCAGACUGUCGACAUUCCAGAAAAUGUCCACAUCAUUCUGAAGGGAUGCACUGUUAUUGUGAAGUGCCCCAGAGGAACCCUGGGAAGGGACUUCAAUCACAUCAAUGUAGAACUCAGUCUUCCUGGAAAGAAAAAGAAGAGGCUCCAAGUUGACAAAUGGUGGGGAAAUAGAAAAGAACUGGCUACCGUGUGCACUAUCUGUAGUCAUAUACAGAUCAUGGUCAAGGGUGUUACAUGGGGCUUCUGUUGCAAGAUGAGGUCUGUGUAUGCUCACUUCCCCAUCAACGUUGUUAUCCAGGGGAAUGGUUCUCUUGUUGAAAUCUGAAAUUUCUUGGGUGAAAAAUACAUAUGCAGGGUUCAGAUGAUGCCAGGUGUUGCUUGUUUUGUAUAUCAAGCCCCGAAAGAGGGGUUAAUUCUUAAAGGAAAUGACAUUGAACUUGUAUCACAUUCAGCUGCUUUGAUUCAGCAAGCCACAACAGUUAAAAUCAAGGAUAUCAGAAAGCUUUUGGAUAGUAUCUAUGUUUCUGAAAAAGGAACAGUUCGGCAGGUUGAUGAAUAAGAUCUAAGUUGUCCAGCUACAGAAACAGCAAGGUGACAGAUGAUUUUUCAGACUUAUUUGUAAUAUUUUAAAGAUGCAAGAAAGGCUGUAUUAAUUUGGGGAAAAAGUAAAAUAAACAAAGAAACAUUCUCUCUCUUCUGGCCCCUAAAGCAUUGUUUUAUCAAAGUCUCACCCACUGAAUCAGUAUUUAUUGAAAACUCAACACUACGAGUGUUAGACACCAUUGUAUAUUACAGUGAGGAUGUGAAGAAACAUAAAAACACACCUUACCCUUGAUUAACUCUUGGUCUAAUUUGUGGUAAAAUAUGAUUAAUGUUAAUAUUAUAACCAAGAAUGGAGAGCUCUAGGAGAAAAGAGGAAAGAGGAGAGCAAGAACUAACUUGGCUACAAUGAAUCAGGAAAGGAAUCAUCAAGCAGACUGAGCACAUGUUCACGUUAGAGGCAUACAAUUUUAGAACCAAUAGGGAAUUUAGAGAUUAUCAAUCUGUAGAUUAGGUACAAAUUUAAAAGUUUCAAGUGUUCAGUACAAAGUGAAACUUAUAUGAUUUAUUCGACAAGUGAAUAUUGAGUACCAACUGGUUAGUAGAGGAGUAAGUUCUGAUGAUCUAAUGUAUCAUAUGGUGACUAUAUUGUAUAAAGGAAAUUUGCUAAGAGACUGGAACAGAAAUGUUCUCACACAAAAAAAGUGAGGUGAUGUAUUUCUUAAUUACUUGUUGAAGAGAAUCAUCCUUUCAAAAUAUAUACCAUAUAACAAGGUAUAAUAUUGUGCAUUAUAAAUAUCUUACAAUUUAUCAAUUAAAGCUCCGUAAAGCUAAAAAAAGUGGAACCUUAAAAAAAAGCCAAAAAACAAAACCAAACCCAAAAUUUCUGCGCUGAUGGAAUUUACAUUUUCGUGGGGGUGAGAAUCACACAACGAAACCUACAGCACAUCAGAUGGUGACAAGUUAAUAACUGCCAUGGGUCAGAUAACCAGGAAAGAGGUAUAGAGAUUAGGAAAGGUAUUCUAAUUUUAGUAGUUUGAACAGAUAAGACCAUUGAAGGAACUGAGAGACAAGCCAUUAGAAGUAUCUUGGUGUAUUAGGGGGAGUGUUUCAAAGCAUUUCUAGCAAAUAGAAGAACCCAAUAUAAAGGACAUGACUUGAGAUCAUAUCUGAAGCUUGUAACAACAUCAUGGAAGCCAAUGCAGCUGGAGAGGCAUGCAUGAAAGGAAAGCGCAGAAAAUGAAUUCAGAGAAGGAAUAAAAAAUCACAAGGGUAUCUUGAUUUCCAGCUGGCCUGUGGUUUGUACAUAGUUUAUGCAUCAAAUAAAUGUAAUAGUUAAUCUUUGAAGUUGUUCGUUUUCAUAUAUCUGGGGGAAAAGGUUGUUUGAAUUUUUUAAACCCUAAAGAUCAAUUUUCUGUAAUUAUUUCUCUUUUUUUAGCUGAUGAUCUUUUCUUCUCUUUGGCCAUAUCCAUUUCCAAAGUG